ACUGCUGUAUUGGUGGAUCCCAAAUCCAAUAAAAGUCUAUUAAUCAAUACCAGACUGGUGGAACCGUUUUCUGCUAAGUUAGGUAGUUUGUUUCAAUUUAUUGGUGAACUGGACGCACCAACUGGAAGUUUGGAUGUAUCUUUGGUAGCAAGAGUGGUGCGAUGCGUUGAUGGCCUUGACAUGACACUAUAUCAUCAAGCAAUACACGCCCAAAGACAAUAUUUAAAGGAGGAACCGAGUUUGUGA